UUUGGCGGAGGUAGAUGAGUCUCGUGCGGGUAAAUCAGUGCCCCCCGCAGGCUCGGGGAGACGGAGACAGACAGAGAGGGAGGGAGACAGUGAGACGGGCCGGGAGGGAGGGGUGGUGCUUCGGCUCUUCGCGUCCCCGACUGGCAGCUCGCGGCCGUUACUUGGCAGCCGGGAGAGCGAGCAGCGCGUGCUGCUGUACAGGCAGCUCACGGGGAGCCUUGACGCGUACAGGACGUCGCCGCGCGGACCGCUUUUACCGAUUAAAAACCGUCGUAAUUUUCUAAUUAACGGCACAGUUUUUCCUAAAAGAAAAAAAAAACCCAACAUCAUUCUGUGGCGGGCGUGUUAAAGAGGUAACCGUCCGCUCCUUGUGAUUUUUUUUUACCCUUUCCUGAAGAAGAGGGCUCAAUGAGGAUUGUGUUUUUUUAAAUCCGUAAUUCAAGUUGUUUUUUUUAAAUUUUUUUUUUUUGGAGGAGCAGGGGGGACAUGACCGUACGUAAGAAUUUGUAUUUCCGUUCAGCCCCCUGUUGAGACGCAGGACUGUAGGGGAAUUUUUUUCCCCUGCUUUUGGUGAAAUUGGCGUUAGACCCCCUCCAGCACAGACCGGGAUCUUAACAAUAUAGCUCAACUCGCACAAACCUGCCUCCCUCGUCACGGACAGCGUGGCUUUCUGGGUCUGGGGGAAACCCUUUCACCUUCCUCCGUCCAAGCCGGAUCUUAAGAAAUGUUUGGAUGUUUAUUUUUCCUGAUUUCUCUCCUCUCGGACCGGAGCUCGAUGGCACGGUUGCCUUCACUUCUACCGCCCAGAGCCGGAACAGCGCCUAAAUAAAGGAUCUAUAUAUUUUUUUUGUCCUUCAUCGGAUGAGACGAGGACGCCCGUCCUAAAAUACUACACAACAAUCCUUGUGUUAUUGUUAUUUUCUGUUGCCGUUGUUGUGGGGGGAUCACACACUCCGACAUGGAAAGCGAAGUAUUCACGCCCUUGCUGGAGCAGUUCAUGCGCACGCCGUUGGUGACUUGGGUCAAAACGUUCGGGCUCCUAUCUGGGAAAGACGGCGGGUGCCUUGCGGAGUAUGUACAGCUAGUGGACGGCGUCUAUUUAAACGAGAUCAUGCUCCAGAUAAAUCUUAAUGCUUCUGUUCAAAGAACAAACAAGAAAGUGAACAACGAUACGACUCUCAGGAUACAAAAUUUGUCUAUACUAGUGCGCCAGAUCAAAUCGUACUACCAGGAGACAUUGCAACAGCUAAUCAUGAUGCCCCUUCCAAAUGUCCUGGUCCUGGGCAAGAAUCCUCUCUCAGGACAAGGUCUGGAGGAAAUGAAGAAAUUGCUGUUGCUCUUGCUGGGCUGUGCAGUUCAGUGUGAGAAGAAAGAAGAAUUCAUUGAAAAGAUCCAGACCUUAGAUUUUGAUACUAAAGCUGCAAUAGCUGCUCACAUCCAAGAGGUGACUCACAACCAGGAGAACGUCUUUGACCUGCAGUGGAUGGAAGCAGCCGAUCUGAACCAGGAUGACCUGGAUUCUUUGUCCAGGAACAUGGCCUUCCACUUAAAACGCCUUGUGGAUGAGAGGGAUGAGCACUCUGAGACUAUCGUGGAGCUGACCCAGGAGAGGGACUGCGGCCAGGCCUUGCCCCCGGUGCCGACGGCGCAGUCCCCCAGCGGCUCCCCCAGCAUGCGCCGCACCGAGAGCAGGCAGCACCUGUCUGUGGAGCUGGCCGACGCCAAGGCCAGGAUAAGAAGGCUCAGGCAAGAGCUGGAGGAGAAGAGUGAGCAGCUGCUGGACUGCAGGCAGGAGCUGGAACAUAUGGAGACCGAGCUGAAGAGGCUGCAACAGGAGAACCUGCAGUUGCUGACGGAUGCCCGCUCGGCCAGGGCGUACCGUGAUGAACUGGACGCGCUGAAGGAGAAGGCCAUCCGCGUGGACAAGCUGGAGAGUGAAGUGAGCCGGUACAAGGAGAGGCUCCACGAUAUUGAGUUCUACAAGGCCAGGGUGGAGGAGCUGAAGGAAGAUAACCAGGUGCUGCUAGAGACUAAGACGAUGCUGGAGGACCAGCUGGAGGGGGCUAGGGCUCGUUCUGACAAGUUGCAUGAGCUGGAGAAAGAGAGCCUGCAACUCAAGUCAAAGAUACACGACAUGGAGAUGGAACGGGACAUCGACAGGAAAAGGAUAGAGGAGCUGCUGGAGGAGAACCUGGCUCUGGAAAUGGCUCAGAAACAGAGCAUGGACGAGUCCCUGCACCUGGGGUGGGAGCUGGAGCAGCUUUCCAAGACUGUGGAGCACACAGAGGUGCCACAAAAAUCUCUGGGUCACGAAGUGAACGAACUGACGUCCAGCCGGCUGCUGAAACUGGAGAUGGAGAACCAGAGUCUUCUGAAAACCGUAGAGCAGCUCAAAAGUUUAGCAGAACCGUCGGAAGACGCCAACUCCAGAAUCCUGAAGAUUGAGAAGGAGAAUCAGAGACUGACCAAGAAGCUGGAGAGACUGGAAAAUGAGAUGAGCCUUGAGAAGCAGACCCUGCAGAAUGCGGAGAACCUCAGCAGCGACCUGAUGAAAGAGAAGGCUCAGCUUGAGAAGACCAUCGAGACCCUGCGGGAGAACUCGGAGAGACAGGUGAAAGUACUGGAACAAGAGAAUGAGCACUUAAAUCAAACCAUAUCCUCCCUGAGGCAGCGCUCUCAAAUUGGAGCGGAGGCCCGGGUGAAGGACAUUGAAAAGGAGAACAAAAUCCUGCACGAGUCCAUCAAGGAGACCAGCAGCAAGCUGAACAAGAUGGAGUUUGAAAGGAAGCAGCUCCGCAAAGACCUGGAGCACUACAAAGAGAAAGGAGAGCGGGCGGAGGAGCUGGAGAGGGAGGUGCAUCGGCUGGAGAGGGAGAACGAGCAGCUCCAGAAGAAGAUCACCAGCCUGAGCAUCACCUGCGAGAAGGUCGAGGCUCUGGAGCAGGAGAACUCGGACCUUGAGGUGGAGAACAGGAAGCUGAAGAAGAAGCUGGACGGUCUGAAGAACCUGGGCUUCCAACUGGAGGCGUUGGAGAAGGAGAACACCCAGCUGGACGAGGAGAACCUGGAGCUGAGGAGGACAGUGGAGUCCUUGAAGUCUUCCUGCAUCAAGGUGGCACAGCUGGAGUUGGAGAACAAAGAGCUGGAGAAUGAGAAGGAGCAGCUGAAGAAGAGCCUGGAGCUGAUGAAGGCCUCCUCUAAGAAGACCGAGCGCUUGGAGGUCAGCUGUCAGGGGUUGGACACGGAGAACCAGAGGCUGCAGAAGGCCCUGGAGAACAGCAAUAAAAAGAUCCAGCAGCUAGAAAGCGAGCUCCAGGAUGUCGAGACCGAAAACCAAAACCUGCAGAAAAACCUGGAGGAGCUCAAAAUCUCUAGUAAGCGCCUGGAGCAGCUGGAGAAAGAGAACAAGAUCCUGGAGCAGGAGACGUCCCAGCUGGAGAAAGACAAGAAGCAGCUGGAGAAGGAGAACAAAAGGCUGCGGCAGCAGACCGAGAUCAAAGAUUCCACUUUGGAUGACAACAACCUGAGGAUAUCCACUCUAGAGAAGGAGAACAGGUCCCUUGCUAAAGAGAUGAGCCUCUUCAAGGAAUCCUGCGGACGGGUCAAAGACCUUGAAAAGGAGAACAAAGAACUUGUAAAACAAGCAACCAUUGACAAAAAGACUUUAGUGACAUUACGUGAGGAGCUGGUGAGUGAGAAACUGAAGACUCAGCAGAUGAACAAUGACCUUGAGAAACUUACCCAUGAGCUGGAAAAGAUAGGUCUGAACAAAGAGAGACUGCUAGAUGAUGAGCAAACAUCUGAUGACAGCAGGUACAAGCUGCUAGAGUCCAGGCUUGAGUCCACAUUGAAAAAGUCACUUGAAAUCAAGGAGGAGAAGAUUGCAGCACUGGAAGCUCGUUUGCAGGAGUCUUCAAACCUGAAUCAGCAGCUCCGACAAGAACUCAAAACCGUGAAGAAGAACUAUGAGGCCCUCAGGCAGAGGGAGGAAGAGGAGCGGAUGAUGCAGAGCUCUCCUCCCAGGGGAGGGGGAGAAGAAGCCCAGAGUGUAAGCAAGUGGGAAAAGGAGAGCCACGAGGCCACGCGGGAGCUGCUCAAGGUCAAGGACAGGCUGAUCGAGGUGGAGAGGAAUAAUGCCACGCUGCAAGCAGAGAAGCAAGCUCUCAGGACCCAGCUGAAACAACUGGAGACCCAGAACGAUAACCUGCAGGCUCAGAUCCUGGCCCUGCAGAGACAGACUGCCUCCCUGCAGGAGCACAACACCACGCUGCAGACCCAGAACGCCAAGCUGCAGGUGGAGAAUUCCACUCUGAGCUCCCAGAGUGCAUCCCUGAUGGCCCAGAACUCUCAGCUGCAGAGCCAGCAGUCCAGCACGGAGAGCGAGAAGGACAGCCUGCUGCGCGAGAAAGAGGAGCUGAGGGCCACGUACGAGCUGCUGGUGCGAGACCACGAGAAGCUGGCCACGCUGCACGAGCACCAGGCUGCCGAGUACGAGACGCUCAUCAGCAAGCACGGCAGCCUCAAGUCUGCGCACAAGAACCUGGAGCUGGAGCACAGGGAGCUGGAAGACAGGUACAACCAACUGCUAAAGCAGAAAACCCAGCUGGAGGAGCUGGAGAAAGUCCUGAAGGCGGAGCAGGAGAAAAUGGUAUCUGAAAACAAGAGUCACGAGGCCACAGUGUCCAAGUACCAGAAGCUGCGUGACGAGAAUGACAAGCUGAAUCAAACCUACAAUCAGCUGCUGAAAGACAACGAGGGGCUGCAGACAGAUCACAAGAACCUCAAGAGCCUGCUGAACAGUGCAAAGCUGGAGCAGACGCGUCUGGAGGCAGAGUUUUCCAAGUUAAAGGAACAGUACCAGCAGCUUGACAUUACGUCCACCAAACUGAACAACCAGUGUGAGUUACUGAGUCAACUGAAGGGAAACCUGGAAGAAGAGAACAGGCACCUGCUGGAUCAGAUACAGACACUGAUGCUACAGAACAGAACUCUGCUGGAGCAGACCAUGGAGAGCAAGGAUCUCUUCCACGUAGAACAGAGACAGUACAUAGACAAGCUUAAUGAGCUAAGAAGACAGAAGGAGAAGCUGGAAGAAAAAAUAAUGGAUCAGUACAAAUUUUAUGAUCCGUCACCACCAAGAAGGAGGGGUAACUGGAUCACGAUGAAGGUGAAAAAGCUGAUUAAGCCCAAGAACCGGGAGCGGAUCAGGUCCCUGACGCUGACCCCAACACGCUCCGAGUCCACGGAGGGGUUCCUGGGCCUCCCUCCGCAGGACAGCCAGGACAGCUCUUCCGUGGGCUCCGGCUCCAACUCCCUGGACGACAACCUGUCCAGCAAGAGGAGCAGCAUGGCUGCACUGAAAAGGUUUCCCUUUAUGAGGAACAGACCGAAGGAAAAAGACAGAGUGAAGGCCAUCUACCGCCGUUCCAUGUCCAUGAAUGACCUGUUGCAAACCAUGGCCCUGGCGGGGGGCCAGUGGGCCGGUAGUUCUGAGAACCUGGACGGGUCAGAUGACGCCACCACCAGGCUGAGGAUGAGAGAACUGGGAUCCAUGGCCUACUCCACCACGGCUAUCAACUACGCCACCCUCCACCCCUCCACUGGCCUCAGGUCCAGGCACAGGCUUAAGUCCAAAGACAACGCGUCGUGCGAGGACGUCGCCCCGAGGGUCUUGGAUGAGCCCAGCAACGGAGUGAGAGCUCAGGGGCUGCAGGACUCUAGCUGUGCUGGGACUCUUGUGUCCACUGUCCCUGCCCUUUCUACACACUGCAGAAUUCCUUGUCACAUCUGUUCUCCCCGGCCUGUCAGCCUUGACAGUAGCAAGACAACCAGUAGUAAUAGCAAUAAUAAUGCGUCGCCGCUCGGAGGGCAAGCGGGAGCCGUGAACGGCGGCGGCGGCGGCCACAGCCGCCCCCACAGCGAGAGCAGCGGAGAGUUCAGCCUGGGCCUGGACGCCGAGGCCUGGUCCAGCAGCAGCAGCCCCAUCCAGCCGGCCCAGAGGUCCUCGCGCCAGAGCCCCCUGCUGUUCCGGAGGACGCUGGACGUCCCCGCGCAGCACAAGAAGAAGACGGCUUCCCCCGGCAGCGAGGUGGUGACCCUGCAGCAGUUCCUGGAGGAGAGCACCAAGGGCUCGGCGGAGUCUGGCAGCCAGGAGAACCUUGCGGGCGAGGCUCCGAGGAGAGGCAGCGACAGCUCCGAGCCAGCCAGGAAGGAGAAGGAGAAGGAGAAGGGGGAGAGGGGCCCCCCCUCCGGCCCCCGAGGGAUCAUGCGGUCGGCGAGCGGCAGGACGCCGGCGGACUUCUCGGAGGGCCGGCCGCCCAAGCCGGGGCAGGCCAGGCCCGGCCUGCGGAAGGCGGAGAGCACCCGGGUCAAGGGCACGGCCCCCAGGCCCAUGCUGGGGGCGCACGGGAAGGCCACCUCCAUGUCGGAGAGGCUGGACAGCGCCCUGCUGCAGGCGGCGCCCCGGCCGAGGGACGCCACCGCCACCCUGCCCCGCGCCAGCAGCGUCAUCUCCACGGCCGAGGGCUCCACGCGCCGCACCAGCAUCCACGACUUCAUGUCCAAGGACAGUAGGCCGCCUGUGUCUGUGGACCCCUCGCCCGCUAAGGCCGGCCCCAAUGUGGAUGGUUUACAAGAGCGCAGAAAGUCAAAAGGCAGGACUGCGGAGCAACAUAGCUCCUAAACAUAGCCACCCUGCCUCCAUCAAAAGUGGGCUUAAGUGGUGAGUUUCUUGCACAGAGUGUUCAUGGGCAAGGUGGGGAAAACCCCAGUUAACAGACUAACAGCAUCCCGUACGGCAUACAGAAUGCACUCUGUAACAAGGGUAUAACACUGUAUGUGCUUGCUUUCGAAUUGGCUUUGUCUUUUCACCCAAGUAAAAAACAAGCUGAGCUGCACUGCUGGACCUCUCAUCUGCAUGCCUCUGCAGGGGCACCUGGGGUUUUGCUUUGCACAAGUGUCCAUGCCAUAGCUUCUUCAUAUGCAAUGCAUUUUCUUUUUUCCAUUUGCCAAGCUUGAUGGUUCAGCCGUUCUUAUGUGUUGAAUUAAAACGAGCAGCUGGCUGUGAAAGUUAGCCAAGUGUUAUCGUUCAGUAGCUCUCCACAGUGUCAUUUCACACAGUAGCGCAUGGCUUCAUUGUCCAGGGGCUGGAACUCGCCAAGCUCCCCAGUCCUUGUGCUCGAGCGCAUGCCCUUUCUGUACUGUCUGUCCUUUUGUACGCGUCUGUGCUGUAGUUCUAACUUGCUUAUUCUCUGCCUCUCUUUCAACCUUUUUUCUGUCUGCCUCCUACUCAGAGAGAAAAGUGACCUUCAAGCUGUCGUUUUGAAGCCUUUAAUUCUGCUCUACUGAGACGGUCUUCACUGAGAAAUUAGUGUGUAAAUCCUGUUUUGAAAAUAAAACACGAAAACCCUUCUUCAGUAGAAAAUGCUAGAUUUCUCCCCUUUCCUUGAAUCAAGGAGCAAUAUGGGACUCCCUCCAAGAAGUAUAUUGUGAAGAGUUUUUUUUUUCUUUUUUAACAUACUUUUACGGCAAAUUGCACUGCUAUCUGGAUUUUACAUACUGCUAAUAAUGCAUACUUACAUGGACCAAUUUUCUGUGCCAAGACUGAUUUGUGGUAAAGAACACAAGCUUUUUAUGGACCCUAAAGAUUCAGCCAUAUCUUGUGUGUAGCCUUUGCCAGACUUACCAGUUUACCAUUUGCUCUCUUUGUAAAUGAGAAGCAUGUGUACGCAAGUGUUAAUUGUGCUGAACUGCUGAGCCUGGGGUAUAAAAGAUCUGCACAAAUGUAAGUGGACACCCAAGCCGCUCGACCACGUGCUGCAUGAAGCAAUCAACGCAUUUCUCCCUCAAGAAAAAUGGUAUUGCUGCAAGUUCUCCUUUCUAGUUUGUUUGUUUUUGUAAGACAUACCAAAAUACUGUUAACACUAUGAGAAAAUGUAAAUCGCUUUCCUUUGAAUUGUUGCUACAAAGGUUGUGUGUGCUGAAAUGUAUGACUUACUGUAUCUUCAACCUCUGGAUACAAUCAUGUGGAAGAGGUGGUUUCUUGAGUGAAGUUGCAGGUGGUAUUCCUUCAUUCUAAAUAUCAUUAUACAGUGAAUGACUGUGACUAUGUAUAGUUCAUUUCCUUUUUCACUUUUUCACAUAAAGGUGUUUGAUGUGGGCAACUAUUAAUGCUUA